AUGGGAAAUAUCACCAAAAGCGAGGACUGUCUGGUGCUUAACGUAUGGACCCCUACUGUCCGCACCGAUUAUCCACUAAAAGCGCCCCUAAAACCGGUCAUGUUUUGGAUAUAUGGCGGCGGUUUGAUUGUCGGCUCAGCAUUUCAGCAACAAUACAACGCUAGCCUUUUGGCCACCAAUGAUGUGGUGGUUGUGUCCGUCAACUAUAGGUUAGGACCGUUUGGUUUCCUAUACGGGGAUCGGGAGGACGCGCCCGGAAAUGUCGGCUUUUAUGACCAGUUGUUGGCACUCAAAUGGGUUAGAGAAAACAUACAUUUGUUUGGCGGAGAUAGGGAUCAGAUCACCAUUUUUGGUGAGAGCGCCGGCAGUAAGUCUGUGUCCGCACAUAUUAUAUCGCCGUUAUCUAAAGGCCUAUUCAAGAGGGCUAUUAUGCAAAGCGGGGCACUGUUUUACAAUAAGCACAGGUAUCCUAUGGUAAAGUCCGAGGCAUUACUCGUUAGCAAACAAUUGGCCAAAAAUAUGAAUUGUAGUGAAGAAGAAGAGGACAAUUGGUUGGACUGUUUGCGCAGUUUUGAGGCUCAGGAGCUGAUGGACGGGUACGACACCAGACGCCAACUCUCUGCCCUAUCGGACACUGAAUUUCUACCAAUGAAUGCACAGAAUAUGUUUGAAAAUCAGUUAUUUAAUAAAGGUUUGCCAAAGCCUAUGGCCAGUUGGGAGGCGCCGGUGGUGUGUAUUUCUAUGAGCAGACAUAUCAACGCAAAUCAUUUUUAG